UAGAAAAAACACCAAAGGAAGUAGCUACAAGUAAGUUAAAACGAGGAAGCUCACAAAAACUACCACUUAAAUAGAACUGCUUAUUAAGGUCUGUGACAAAUUUUAUGUAAUUGGUUUUAGAAACUGGAUUUCCAGCAAUAAGUUCUAGCUAAAAGUCACCUGACUCGCUGGGUUUAAAGAUUCUUUCGUUCUUGAGCCAGUGGUCUAAGUGUUGCUGCAGUGUCUCAACUAUCCAUAGAGUUUUUGGCCAUACCACAUCCUGUUGAGCUAAGCAGCGCUUCAACAUGGUUGUCACAGCACAGUCAUACAGACUCAAGUAGAAGAGAAUUGAAGACUCCGUAUAUAAGGUAACAAGUGAGUAGGACUUCUUCGGUAGUCAGAGGUGAGUGAGCAGUCAUGGCAGACCAGGUGCAAGGCUUGCCCUAUUUCUAUGGCAACAUCACUCGAGAAGAAGCUGAGGACUAUCUGAGGCAAGCAGGCAUGAGCAACGGCCUCUACCUGCUCCGCCAGAGCCGCAGCUACCUGGGAGGCUUUGCACUGUCUGUGGCCUAUAACCAUCAGUGUUACCACUACACCAUCGAGAGAGAGAUGAACGAUACAUACGCCAUAGCAGGUGGAAAAUCCCACCGUACUCCAGUGGAUGUGGUCGAUUACCAUGCUCAGGAGACUGACGGCCUGGUGUGUCUGCUGAAAAAGCCCUGCAAUCGGCCCAGAGGCGUCGAACCCAAGGUGGGAGCUUUCGAGGAUCUGAAGGAGAAGCUCAUCAGGCAGUAUGUGCAGCACACAUGGAAACUGAAGGGUCACUCAUUGGAGCAGGCUAUCAUCAGUCAGAGGCCUCAGCUGGAGAAGCUGAUUGCCACUACGGCACACGAGAAGAUGCCCUGGUUUCAUGGGAUCAUAUCACGGGAAGACUCUGAGCCACGUUUACUCAGCCGUCCCACCAAUGGCAAAUUUCUAAUCCGGCAGCGAGAUAACAAUGGCUCCUAUGCACUCUGUCUUCUCCACAAUGGCCAAGUCAUGCACUAUCGCAUUGACAGGGACAAAGCUGGCAAACUCUCUAUUCCUGAUGGGAAAAAGUUUGACACACUUUGGCAGUUGGUGGAGCAUUAUUCUUAUAAACCUGAUGGCCUGCUCCGGGUGCUGGUGGAUCCCUGUCCACGACCCGAAGGCCCACCUGCACUUCCUGGAAAUCAUCCUGAUCUGGGUGGCACAAGUGGAAUUCUCUCCAGAAUCAGAUCCGCUUCCUUCCCCAAACCCGGUCUCAAAAAGACAGCGUUAAAGAGGUGUAAAGAAAAGAUCUUAGAUGUUUGCCCUAGUAAGCUUACAACAUACCUUCGCAAAAAUCAUGAGACAGAUAAUACUUAUUCACCGGGGGCAGCAGUGCCUACCACAGAGGAUUUACCCAUGAGCACUGAGGUGUAUGAGAGUCCAUAUGCUGACCCUGAUGAACUUCGCUCAACUACAGUGGACCGGAAAAACUUGAUCCUGGAGGAUGGAGAGCUUGGCUCAGGCAAUUUUGGCACAGUCCUUAGAGGCAUUUAUCAGAUGAGGAAAACACAGAAACAGGUAGCAGUAAAGAUCCUGAAGAACGAUGAUAACAAUGCUGCAGUAAGGGACGAAAUGCUUCGUGAGGCUGAAGUCAUGCAGCAGCUGGACAACCCCUACAUAGUGCGUAUGAUCGGCAUCUGUGACGCCGAGAACCUCAUGUUAGUCAUGGAGCUGGCUGACCUUGGCCCUCUGAACAAGUAUCUGCAAAAGAAAAGACUUCCAAUUAAAAAUGUCACUGAGCUUGUGCAUCAGGUCUGUAUGGGGAUGAAGUACCUGGAGGAGCAUAAUUUCGUUCACAGAGACUUGGCAGCCCGCAACGUGCUGUUAGUCACACAGCACUAUGCAAAAAUCAGUGACUUUGGCCUGUCCAAAGCCCUCACCAGUGAGCAUGAUUAUUAUGAGUCUAAAGGUCAUGGUAAGUGGCCUGUGAAGUGGUAUGCACCUGAAUGCAUGAACUUCUUCAAGUUCUCCUGUAAGAGUGACGUGUGGAGCUUUGGGGUGUUGAUGUGGGAGGCUUUUUCAUAUGGACAGAAGCCAUACAAGGGGAUGAAGGGAAAUGAGGUAAUCCAGUUGAUUGAGAGUGGCGAGAGAAUGGCGGCUCCACUGAACUGCCCAUCUGAGAUGUACAACAUCAUGUUGAAAUGUUGGACAUACAAGGCGGAUGAGAGGCCAAGCUUUUCUGUGGUGGAGCCCAGGCUAAGAGACUACUACUAUGACAUUUCUCAGUGACCAUCUGGAAGAAAACAGAAUGAAGAGUUUUUCCCCAGGAGCAGUUUGUACAUGGUUUUAAGGACUGGCCACACUGAUUUAUUUAAUAUAAUAUACCUGCAACCUUAUUCAAGUCUUCUUCUUAAUAUGCCCUUUUUUGCAAGCCAAAGUUCAAUGAGAGCCUGCUGUCUUGGUCAUUUUUCUACACGUCUAAAGACUUGAUAAUUAGCAAUAAAUAGAGUAGCAAAUUGAAACUUUCACAUCACCAUUACUGCAAUUUUUAAAAUCACAUAACUGUUUUCUAUAUUAUGUGAUUCUAUUUAAACAUUUCCCUGUUUUACUGGUUUCAUUAGAAGCAUUUUAGCAGUGAAAGAACCUUUUUAAGAACAUUUACAUUAUAGUAUUACAUUACAUUUUUAAGAACAUUUACAUUCUACAUUAUAGUUAGUGUGCCUGUGGACUGGUAUAACUUCUAAUCUCCUAAAUAGGUUAAUGCACUGAUUCACCCAUCACAGAGGAUUUUUAUUCAACGUCUUGUCCCCAUCCCUCAAACCAUUGAACGUCAUCCCACUCACUUUUUUGGUACCCCUGUUAGCCUGUUGUAAAGAUGACAUACAUAAACAUAAAUAUAAGCAUGCUCUAAGACUUGGGAAUGUGAUGCCAUGACACAGUGUCUUAUAUUUUGUCAGCAUGUCUCAGUGAAAUAGCCCAGCCCAGAUUAGCUAUUUGACAAGGUUUCAUACAAACUGAGUAUACUAAAAGUUUGAGUUGUUAUAGUGGGAAGCUAUUGUUCUUUGAGGAAAAGGCAAAACCAGAGAAGAUAAUAUAUGUAAUAUAUGUAAACACAACAGGAAUUCUUGUUAUGGAAAAAUAAUCAACGAAAGGGUGUCUCGAAACAGCAUGUCUCAAAGUGCUUUUAUUCAAACAAUGGCAACAUUUUUUUUUAUCUUUUAAAGAAUAGCAUCAUAUUUUGCAUGUGUUUAUCAUUGCAUUUAAUGUUAUCCAUGAAACAAGUUAGUUAUAAAGCUCUGACAAUAAAGAAUCAUUCCAAUGCUAAAUACA